GGGGGGCUGUUGUUGCGCUCCGGGUGCCCAAAAUCCAGCGAGCUAUUUCCCGUGAAAGACUUUUGCAUCUCUGCCUGGAUCCCCUAACGCACCCAGAGCUUUGAGCUGGUGAAACCACUGGAGAGAAGGAAGCGCAUCCCACCUGGCCUCCGUGCAGCAGCCCCCUCUGGCCAUGUCUCCAGCAGCGGCUGCUGAGCCAGAUGAGCUCCAGGAAGACAGGCACAUCAGCAAGCUCAUUUUCUUCCUUUUUGUCUUUGGCGCCAUCCUGUUGUGUGUGGGAGUGCUGCUCUCCCUCUUUGGCUUCCAGGCAUGCCAGUAUGAAGCCCUCCCAGACUGCAGCAUGGUGCUGAAGGUCGCUGGGCCCUCAUGCGCCGUGGUGGGGCUUGGGGCUGUGAUCCUGGCCCGCUCCAGGGCUCGACUUCAGCUUCGGGAGAGGCAGAGGCGAGGCAUCCUGGUGGACCCUGACCAAGCCUUCAUCUGUGGAGAGAGCCGCCAGUUUGCCCAGUGUCUCAUCUUCGGGUUUCUGUUCCUGACGAGCGGCAUGCUCAUCAGCAUCCUGGGCAUCUGGGUCCCUGGAUGCAGCUCAGUCUGGACGCAGGAACCGCUGAACAACACAGACACUGCGGAGUCAGAGCCCGCGAUCUGUGGCUUCUUGUCGCUGCAGAUCAUGGGGCCCUUGAUUGUGCUCCUGGGAUUGUGUUUCUUCGUGGUUGCCCAUGUUAAAAAGAGAAACAACUUGAAUGUGGGCCAGGACACCCCUGAAAGUGAGGAGAGACAGACCGAGAACACGGAGCCUGUCCAGGUCACUGUAGGUGAUGCUGUCAUCAUAUUCCCACCGCCCCCACCGCCUUACUUUCCUGAGUCUCCAGCAUCUGCGGGAACUCACAGUGUGCUUCCCAGCGAAAAUCCACCAUCAUACUACAGUAUUUUUAGCAAUGGCAGGACCCCAACUCCUGACGGCCAAGGGGCAACCUCUGCGAGAGAUCGAGAAUCUAUCUAUACUAUUUCUGGAACAACUUCAUUUUCUGAAAUCUCACAGCCUCCAUAUCUCUUAUCCGAAUUGCCUCCCAGCUACGAAGAAAAAGAAACUGCUGUUACCACCACCUCGUCUCCAUCUUCUGAGCCUUCCCCACCAUGAACUUUGAACACCAGCUCAAUUUUAUAUAGGA